AUGGAUAUUGUUCACAAAGGAGCUGGCGACUUGAUUAAACAGUUCGAGGAACAUGAGAAGAAAAAUAACUGGGGCAGUUUAUUUAUGGUGAGUGAAUAUUGGUUAUGACUUGGAUUUUAGGCGAUUCAUGAGAUCUCCGAAAAGCAAGAACGAGAACUGGAACUGUCCUGUGAUGUGCCAUUAGCUCCAAAAAAUAUUCCUAAAAACCGGUAUUGUAAUAUUGUACCUUGUAAGUUCAUUUGUAAUCUUAUUUUUAAAGAUAUUCAAAACUUUACAUAAUGUUUUGCAAUAUUUACGUAUUUUGCUGUUUUCUGAAUUUACUAUUUAGAUGAUCAACAUUUGGUCCAAUUAAGCGACAUCUACAUCAAUGCAUCCAAGUUGACAGUCCCACUGACCAACAAAACGUACGUUUUUACUCAGGGACCCUUAGAGAACACUUCUGAAGACUUUUGGCACAUGGUUUGGGAACAAGAUUGUAAAAUUGUUGUUAUGUUAUGUACCUUUAUGGAAAGGAAUGUCCCAAAGUAAGUCAUCAAUUCAAAUUUAAAUCAACUUUAGGAACUGUGAGAUUGGAUGUAUUUAAUAGUGCAAAAUUAUGUCUCUCGAAGUGAUUAUGUUGUGUUUCAGAUGCUUCCCGUACUUCCCAUACUUUGACGAGAAAGUUCAAACCUUUGGAGACUUCAAGUUGGAACUGGACGAUGAAGAAGACAACAAAAACUACAUCGUUCGCCGUCUCAAGAUCACAAAAGAAGGCGAAGAGGAUCACAAGAUUGUCCAGCACUACCAAUACACAACCUGGCCAGACUUCGGUGUCCCUGACAACGUGUUCGACUUCUUGGAGUUUGUGGAAGCCGUCAGAAACUUUGAUGAGACCGUUAAUUCCCCGAUUGUGUGUCAUUGCAGUGCUGGGGUGGGUAGAACGGGGACUUUCACUGUGGUUGACGUUCUGAUCUCUGCUAUUCGGGCAAAAGUGGAUGAGGCUUUACCGUCCAUCGACGAUUUGGUACUGUACCUACGAAAAUAUCGGAUGUCCCUCGUACAGACGCCUGCUCAAUUGCGUUUUUCAUGGAAAGCUAUAGUAGAAUAUAUUAAAUCAAAAGCAGCUAUGAUUGAUAAUGAAGAAUCUGUCGAGGACGAGGAAAACAACGCCGUAGAAGACGUGAAACCCGAGGCCACGAAAGCCCGCAAGAGAAGAUCCGAAAACAACUCCAUCGCCGAGGAGGCAGCCGCCCAGAAAAGGUAGGGUAAUGACAUUACUAACUGCGUUAUUGGUUGCCUGAAUUCAUGCUUAAGCUUCCUCAUUACCUAUGUCUAACUUUAAAUCUUGUUGGUUUAGGAAGUCGGAAGAGCCAUAACCAUCCACAUCAUUCAUGGUUAUUAAUAACGCGGGUCCAUUUUGUCGCAACAUUCAAUUCUAUUGUACAUUUUCUUUGUUUUUACCACCUUGAUUCUUAGGGAUCGUCAAAAACGUAUCGAUGCCAUGAAGCAACGUCAACUCGACUUCGAGAGUCGGAAGAAGGCCCGAGACUACUGGAAGACUGUGUUUCUGUCCAAGCCCGUGGUAGUGGGCGCUGUAGUUGGCGCAGUUUUGUUGUACCGUUACUUCUUGUGA